AUGGCCUCAGAAUCACUAAACUCAUCCCAAGAGGACACAAAUCGCCCGAGCGGCGAAUCGGCCACUCCGUAUGCCACCCGGGCUACGGCAACAAGGCCCUCAAUGUUUCCCCUAUCGUAUCGAGACGGCUUUGCUGAAUGGUGGGCCAAGCUGCCAGUUGCGCAGACGGAACACAAAGUCCUUUCCUACCUCCCCUACUUGCGCCAUGAACCACCCACCCACCUGCAGACGGGAACAGAGAGAAGGGGAAGCUUGGAGUCCACAGACCAAAACCAGCAGGGCGAGAUCAGCACGAACUCCCUUGAUGACCCGUACGGCCCGCGCAGAUGGAGCUCCAGCAUGGUGGAGCUGAGCGGGAAGGACCGCGCGCUCAAUGAGUUCUCGGUGGAAAGAGUGGGUGAGCAAGCUGAUCAGCAUCUGGUCAUGCUGCACGGCUACGGGGCUGGUCUUGGCUUUUUCUACAAGAACUUCGAGCCGCUCAGUCGUCUCAAGGGGUGGCAACUGCAUGCUUUGGACAUGCUGGGCAUGGGCCGGAGUACUCGACCUUCGUUCAAAAUCAAAGCAAAGGGAAGAGAAGAUGCCAUUCGUGAAGCCGAAGCGUGGUUUAUUGAUGCUUUGGAGGAGUGGCGCAUCAAGCGCAAGAUUGACCGGUUUACUCUGCUGGGACACAGUCUCGGAGGGUACAUGGCAGUCGCCUACGCGCUCAAAUACCCUGGUCAUCUGAAUAAACUUAUCUUGGCGUCUCCUGUCGGCAUCCCGGAGGACCCAUAUGCCGUCACCGCAGACGUUGCUGAGCCUUCAGAAUCAACAUUGGCCGGCGAGGUUACCCAGGACCAGCAGAGUGUCGUGGCACAAGCUGCUGUCCCAGGGUCAGCACCGAAAACCGCUGACGGCAGCUUUAUCACCGGACAGCAGCCCGCUCAAGGGCCAGCCCAACCCCCCCGACGGAAUCUUCCCAAGUGGUUCGCCUAUUUGUGGGAUGCGAAUAUCUCCCCUUUCAGCCUGGUACGAUGGACUGGUCCUCUAGGCCCACGCAUCGUCUCCGGCUGGACCUCUCGCCGUUUCUCCCACCUCCCAGCCGAGGAAGCCAAGGCCCUCCACGACUACUCAUACUCGAUCUUCAGUCUCCGCGGCAGUGGCGAAUACGCAUUGGCAUAUAUCCUCGCCCCCGGAGCAUUCGCCCGCAGUCCCCUUAUCCACCGAGUCCACGGACUUGGACGUCAAUUGAUCCAUAAUAAUUCUCCCUUGAACCCACUUCCCCACGCGAUCUCCACUGCCAAAGCCUGCUCAAAACCAGCAGAGGAUAACCCCGUCCCCACUGCUACCACUUCUUCUGAACCAGAGGCACCCGCUAAGCGUGAAAAUGGCCUUCCUGUGGUUUUCAUGUACGGUGAUCACGACUGGAUGGACGUUUCAGGCGGCCAUGCAGCCGCAGCUCGUCUGGAAGAAGAGAAACGGAAGGUGUUGGCAAAUGCUACACCGGAGGAGCGUCGCUCCGACGAAGGUUCGUCGAAGGUGGUUGUCAUUAAGAGAGCUGGUCACCAUCUUUACCUCGAUGGCUGGGAGGAGUUCAACAGUGUUAUCCUCGCUGAGAUGGAGGAAGUUAACAGGCGGGAGAGGGGUCGUCAGUCGUCAUGA